GAGAGAGCGAGAGAGAGAGAGAGAGAGAGAGAGAGAGAGAGAGAGAGAUUGAUUUCGUAGGCACGGACACGAGGGGGCGGGCCUCGUUAGUCCAUUCGUGUGGACGCGCCCGGACGCCGCGUUCCGUCCGCGCUUUCCCAGCCCCGCAACUUAACCGGAGGAGAAGAAGGAGGGCUCGCGGAUCAAGAGCAGAGGGGAGGGAGGGAGCACCGCGAGGAAGGGAGAAGUUGGCGUGUUUGUUGUUGAGCCCCCGUGUGCAGAGCCGGCCGGAGCGGGACAGAGCAGUUGCGAGUGUUUAUCCCGGCUUCAGGUUGGAGUCCGAACCCGACCGCCUCAGAACCGGGUGAACCUGCGACGGGUCUCGGUGCCCCUCUUUCUGUGACAGGAGGGGCCCUGCAGACAGCAGGCACCAUGAGGCAGCAGGCUUGGCCCGAGAGAGCGCAGACAUCACCCUUCAUCGCUCCCAACCAGGCCGGGCAGCGGAGGAAAUGCACGCCGAUGCAACGCAUGCCACAGCAGACGUGGGCCAACAUACACAUCUGAGAGCGCGGUGGCGAGCCAAUGGGUAAGGGCGGGACGAGACCGAGCGAGGGCAGUCAGUAACUCAGAUUGCGUCAUCCCAAAUGGCAAAGUGGACCGGGCCACCCUCAGAGGCAGUGAUGCCCUUGCUAACGCAUUGCCCUUCGUUAGAGCCUCCUUGUUAGAAGUCACAAGUCACAUACACCCCCCCCCCCCGCCCCUGUGAGGCCACAGAGCUGAGGGGCAGAGGAGAGGGAGAACAGAGGACGAGAGAGAGAGAGAGAGAGAGAGAGAGAGAUCGAGCAGAAAAAAGAGACUGUGACAGGCCCCCAUGCAGGCGCGUAAGAAGUAUGGUCUGCUGGGCUUGUGUGCGUGCUGCUGGCUGGUCUUCUUUUACUGGGGUGGGGGAGUCCAGCUGCGUCUGCUCCGGCUGCUGACACGCCAGCGGGGUGAAGUGGUGCGCCCGUGGCCCAACUGGACCGACAGGGCCUUCCUGCCCCGCUAUGCCCACCUGGAUGAGCUCCAGACGGACCCCGGGACGGCCGAGUCGCCCCGCCAGCGUCGCCAGGCGUGGUCCGCCAUCUACAAGGACAGUCGCUGCCGCAUGGAGACCUGUUUCGACUUCUCGCGGUGUCGCCGCAGAGGGCGGGAAGGGUUCCGGGUGUAUGUAUAUCCGUCGGAGAAGAAUGACCGCGUGUCCGAAAGCUACAGGAAGAUCCUGACGUCCAUCGCCGAGUCCCGGUACUACACGUCGGACCCGCGCGAGGCAUGCCUGUUCGUGCUCGGGAUAGACACGUUAGAUCGGGACCAGCUGUCAGGACAGUUUUUGCCCAACGUGGACGAACGCAUCCGGGGUUACCCGCUGUGGAACGACGGGCGGAACCACCUGAUCUUCAACCUGUACUCGGGCACGUGGCCAAACUACACGGAGGACCUGGGCUUCAACAUCGGCCAGGCCAUCUUAGCUAAGGCCAGCCUCAACGCGGAACAUUUCCGGCCGGGCUUCGACGUCUCCAUCCCGCUGUUCUCAAAGGAUCACCCGCAGAAGGGCGGCGAGCGGGGCUGGCUGGUGAGGAACGCCACGCCGCCGCGAAGGAAGUACCUGCUGAUGUUCAAGGGGAAGCGUUAUCUGACGGGCAUCGGCUCCGACACCAGAAACGCUCUUCACCACAUCCAUAAUGGAAAGGACAUUGUGUCGUUGACGACGUGCCGCCACGGGAAGGACUGGGAGAAGCACAAAGACGCCCGCUGUGACCAUGACAACCUGGAAUAUGAGAGGUUUGAUUACCAGGAGCUCCUCCGAAACUCCACCUUCUGCUUGGUGCCUCGAGGCCGACGCCUGGGCUCCUUUCGCUUCCUGGAGUCUCUACAGGCGGCGUGUGUCCCGGUGCUGCUGAGUAACGGUUGGGAGCUGCCGUUCUCCGAUGUCAUACAGUGGAACCAGGCGGUCAUUGAGGGAGAUGAGAGGUUACUGCUACAGGUGCCAUCCACAGUGCGAGCAGUAGGGAAUGAGAGAGUCCUGGCCCUCAGACAGAGGACCCAGAUGCUGUGGGAAGCGUACUUUUCCUCUGUGGACAAGAUAGUCCUCACCACACUGGAGAUCAUUAAGGACCGCGUGUUCUCUCACAUAUCGAGGAACAAGUACAUGUGGAACUCGCUGCCGGGAGGUCUGCUGGUCCUGCCGGAGUACUCCACUCACCUCACGCAUUUCCCUUUCUAUUACCUGGGAUUAGGGGUCAGUCCGGGUCAGGAGUUCACUGCAGUCAUCCAUGCCAUUUCCCCGCUGGUCUCCCAGUCCCAGCCAAUCAUGAAGCUGCUUCAGGUGGUCUCCAAGUCAAAAUACUGCUCCCAGAUCAUUAUUCUCUGGAACAGCGAGAAGCCGCUACCCAGUCGGAGCAAAUGGCCCCCCAUGCCCGUCCCUCUCACAGUGACAGACGGCAGGAGGAAGACCACCAGUCGGUUCCUACCUCACGUUGCCAUAGAGACGGAAGCCGUGCUGAGCUUGGACGAGGAUACGGUCCUGCUGACCAGUGAGGUGAACUUUGCCUUCUUGGUGUGGCGGAGCUUCCCCGAGCGGAUCGUAGGCUACCCCCCCAGGAGCCACUUCUGGGAUCCCCUGAAGCGCGCCUGGGGCUACACCUCCAAAUGGACCAACGACUACUCCAUCGUCCUGACCGGAGCCGCUUUCUACCACAGGUACUACCACUACCUGUUCUCCCACUACCUGCCCCAGUCUCUACGCACUCUGGUGGAUCGCACCUCCAACUGCGAGGACAUCCUCAUGAACUUCCUGGUCUCCGCUGUGACCCACCUGCCGCCGAUCAAAGUGGCUCAAAGGAAGCAGUACAAGGAGCUGCCCAGUCCGCAGGGUACAAAGAGUGUCCCCUGGGCCAACCCGGAGCACUUCAACCAGCGGCAGGAGUGCGUCAACACCUUCGCCGGCUGGUUUGGCUACAUGCCUCUGGUCCACUCCCAGUUUCGCCUGGACCCCGUGCUCUUCAAAGACCAAGUGUCUGUCCUCCGCAAGAAGUACAAGGACCUGGAGAGGGCAUAGAGACGACGGGCGGAACGGACAGGGCGGUCUGGGAGGCACCGAGGUCUGGUCUGCCGGCCUCGUUGGACUAACCGGUGGUGGACUUCCACAAAUGAAUUGGACGGUCAUGGCGGGGCAUUCAAGGACGGUCUGGGAUGUGGACAAAGUACAAUCAUCAGACAGACCCUGGUGGACUGUUCUGGACGAUACACAUAGCAAUAUGAAGAGGAAAGGGGCCUAUUUAAGUCUGAAAGAAACUUUGAAGGAUCCCCCCUGGGAAGGAGAAAAAUGUAGGGGGCUUCGACAAGAGUUCCUGUGAUUGGGCCUCUUACUGAGAAAGGACGGUCUCGACAAAAACAAAAAGGAAAGAACCGCGUGUGUGUGUGUGAACACUUCGGAUGUCUGCUAUUGCUGUGACAAUGACAAGGAAAUGACGGUCUCG